CUGCCCGCGCGCCCCGCCCCGGCCCCGGCCGCGAGCGCCGAGGUGCCGCCGCCGCCGCCGCCGCCGCCGCCGUCGCCGGGAUGUGACCUUCAGAGCCGCCUGCACGGGAUGAGCGGAGCCACCGCCCCGCGGCGCCCGCGGCUCGCCACGGCCUCCCGGGCGCUCUGAGAGCGCGCGCUCCCGGCCCGGUCGCCGUCCCCGGCCCUCGCCCCGCGCUCGCCCCGGCCCGGCCCCGCCAUGCCGCCGCCGCCCGCGCUCGCCGCCGCCCUGGGCACCGCGCUGCUUGUGCUCCUGCUGGCCUCCGAGUCCGCGCACACUGUGAUGCUGCGGGCGCGAGAGGCGGCGCAGUUCCUGCGGCCCCGGCAGCGACGCGCCUACCAGGUCUUCGAGGAGGCCAAGCAGGGCCACCUGGAGAGGGAAUGCAUUGAGGAGCUGUGCAGCCAGGAGGAGGCCCGGGAGGUGUUCGAGAACGACCCCGAGACGGACUAUUUUUACCCAAGAUACUUAGACUGCGUCAGUAGGCAUGGGCCUCCGCACAGCAAGAGCCCAGCUUUCGCCGCCUGCGUUCAGAACUUGCCUGACCAGUGCUCCCCAAACCCCUGCAACAAGGAGGGGACCCAAGUCUGCCAAGACCUCAUGGGCAACUUCUAUUGCCAGUGCAGAGCUGGCUGGGGCGGGCGGCUCUGUGACAGAGAUGUCAACGAGUGCAGCCAGCAGAAUGGGGGCUGCAACCAAAUAUGCCUCAACAAGCCCGGCAGCUUCCACUGCGCCUGCUACAGUGGCUACGCGCUCACGGUGGACAGCAGGACCUGCCAAGACGUGGACGAGUGUGCAGACGGCAGGGCCUGCGGGGAGGCGCGCUGCAGCAACCUGCCGGGCUCCUACGCCUGCCUCUGUGAUGAGGGCUACGCAUUCAGUCCCCAGGAGAAGGCCUGUCAAGAUGUGGACGAGUGUGCUGAGGGGCGCUGUGAGCAGGCCUGUGUCAACUCCCCAGGGGGCUACACCUGCCACUGUGACGGGCGUGGGGGCCUCAAGCUGUCCCCGGACAUGAACACCUGCGAGGACAUUUUGCCCUGCGUGCCUUUCAAUGUGGCCAAAAGCGUGAAGUCCUUGUACCUGGGCCGCAUGUUCAGCGGGACCCCCGUGAUCAGACUGCGCUUCAAAAGGCUGCAGCCCACCAGGUGGGAGGCAGCACGCAGCCCCCCGCGGUCCUGGCACAUCCACGGCAGCCCGCUGCCAAGUCCAGGCUUUGGGUCAGCAUGGACACCCACCACUGCUUCUGGCACUGGGGAAGGAGUCCCGGGGUGCCUGCCCGCCCGUGUCGGUCUGGGUCCUAUGGGGCAUGUGUGUCACCUGAUAAUUCUCAUGCUGGCCCUCAGGCUGCUCGCUGAAUUCGACUUCAGGACCUUUGACCCCGAAGGGGUCCUGUUCUUUGCUGGAGGUCAUCAAGACAGCGCCUGGAUCGUGCUGGGCCUGCGGGCUGGCCGGCUGGAACUGCAGCUCCGCUACGGUGGUGUCGGCCGAGUCACCAGCAGCGGGCCUGUCAUCAACCAUGGCACAUGGCAGACGAUCUCUGUGGAGGAGCUGGACCGGAAUCUGGUCAUCAAGGUGAACAAGGAUGCCGUGAUGAAGAUCGCGGUGGCCGGGGACCUGUUUCAGCUGGACAGAGGACUGUAUCAUCUGAACCUGACCGUGGGAGGCAUUCCCUUCAAGGAGAAGGACCUGGUCCAGCCAAUAAACCCCCGUCUAGAUGGCUGUAUGAGGAGCUGGAACUGGCUGAGUGGCGAGGACACCACCAUCCAAGAAACGGUGAAAGCAAACUCCAAGAUGCAGUGUUUCUCCGUGACGGAGAGAGGGUCCUUCUACCCCGGGACCGGCUUUGCCUUCUACAGCCUCGAUUACACUCGGACGUCCGCGGCCGUCGGCACCGAGGCAGCCUGGGAAAUAGAGGUCGUGGCUUGGAUCCGCCCCGCCACUGACACAGGGGUGCUGCUCGCGCUGGUGGGCGGCGACCGCGUGGUCGCCCUCUCCGUGGCCCUGGUUGACUACCACUCCACCAAGAAGCUCAAGAAGCAGCUGGUUGUCCUGGCUGUGGAGGGAGUCACCCUGGCCCUGAUGGAGAUCAAGGUCUGUGACGGCCAGGAGCACCGAGUGGCCGUCUCUGUGCAGAAGGGUGAGGUCACCCUGGAGGUGGACGGCACCAGGGGCCAGAGCGAAGUGAGCGCCGCGGGGCUGCAGGAGAGCCUGGCCGUGCUCGAGAGGCACCUACAGGGCUCUGUGCUCACCUUUGUUGGUGGACUUCCAGACGUGCCUGUGACCUCAGCGCCAGUCACGGCCUUCUACCGCGGCUGCAUGACCCUGGAGGUCAACCAGCAGACGCUGGACCUGGACGAGGCCGCCUACAAGCACAGUGACAUCACAUCACACUCCUGCCCCCCCGUCGAGCAAGCCAGCCCCUAGAGCAGCAGGAAGAGAAGGCCGCGGUGACCCCACCCACCUGCCCGCGUGAGCCUCUCCGGACCCCGCACCCCUGCAGGCCGCUUUCUCCGAGACUGUUCUUUGCCUUGUAACAUACGUGUAAAUAGUUGAGGGGACUAGUAUUAGUGACCCGAAGCUGCAGCCCCAACCCCCAAAGCCUCCUAGCGGGAGGCCGGAGGCAGGAGGCUGGCGCUCACCGGAGCAGACCCAGGAAAAUAAUUCUGUUAUUUUUAUUACCAAAUGCUUCUUUCUGGCCUGAAAACAUGGAAAAAUAAAACAUCUACAGAACCGUU